GAGAGUGUGCAGUUCUUGUUUGGAGACUCUUGAUAAGACCAUGAGCUGUAGCCGUUCUUGUGUGUUGGCUUGAGCUCGUAUCAAAGAUCCCACAUUUGCACUUAAAAGAGAAUAAUAAGGGCUGUCUUCCCAACACACAGUCCAUGUUUAUCCUUCAAACCUAAUUUCCCAGUUCAUCUGGUCAUUGUUGUUCAUGGGAGCCUGCUGUGCAGAAAAGUUCCUGCCAUGUUUCCAACAAAAAUAAACAAACACGCAUGCAGAGUUUACAGCCUGACCCGAAGGCACAAUACAAGAAUGUCUUCGAUGGUCUGCUGAAGAUUAUGCACACAGAAGGUUACUGGAGACCUUUGCGAGGACUGAACGCGAUGGUAUUUGGUGCAGGACCUGCUCACGCUAUGUACUUUUCCAGCUAUGAGAAAAUGAAAAGGACAUUAAGUGAUGCCAUCGGCCAGGGUGGCAAUAGUCACUUAGCAAACGGUAUAGCAGGAGGUACAGCGACCUUGAUCCACGAUGCGGUGAUGACUCCGGCUGAAGCUGUCAAACAACGAAUGCAGAUGUUCAAUUCUCCAUACAAAGGUGUUCUGCACUGUAUCCGGGUUGUGCACAAAACAGAAGGGAUCAGAGCGUUUUACCGGAGCUACACAACGCAGCUGACCAUGAACGUGCCCUUCCAAGCCAUCCACUUCAUGACCUACGAGUUUAUGCAGGAGCAGCUCAAUCCUUGCAGGCACUAUAACCCCUUGUCUCACAUGCUGUCAGGGGCUCUGGCAGGGGCGGCAGCAGCUGCAGCUACAACUCCACUUGAUGUCUGCAAGACCCUUCUGAACACGCAGGAGAAUCUGAAGCUGGGAACGCUGAAGACUAAAAGUCGGCGCCUCUCGGGCAUGCUCAAUGCCUGUAGGACGGUUUACCAGAUUGGCGGGUUGCCUGCCUACUUCAAGGGUGUGCAGGCACGUGUCAUCUACCAAAUGCCUUCCACUGCCAUUUGUUGGUCAGUCUAUGAAUUCUUCAAGUACUUUAUAACAAAGCAGCAGUCUCCGGACCUGCCAGCCUCAUCUUGAGGGCAGCCCGCCCCUCCCUUCAGCCUCCAGAUGGAUGGUGUUGUGUGAGCUGCUCCCGUGAUUUUUCCAAGAGGAAGUUCCCAACAGUCUCAGGAUUGUCUGCUGGAUGCCGUCAGUCAUGCAUCUAAACUGCUACAUGCUUCCAAUCUCUGUCAGAUCCUUCCCCAUAUCUUUCACAGGCUAAUGUCAAAGAGCUAAAGACAUGAAAGAGGUUGGUUUCAGCUCUGAUCAGAGCUCAAAGCCAAUGUCUAAGUGUCAGGCAAACAGAAAACUGUUGACAAUGGUCACUUCCUGACACCCCUCUUUUCUGUGUUGUAGUGCUCGCUGACUAUUUGAAUAAACCUUCUCUCAAAGCAGGGCAGUUGGAGCUGGAUGGUUUCAGAAUCUAGGGGUAUUCCUUGUCUUCAAAAGCUCACGGUCUGCAUGGCACCUCGUAGAGACUUGCUAGGCUUGUAGGAAACAAAAUCAGACUCUUCCCCCUCCCCUGAAUUAAAAUACCAGCAGCUCAUUGAGGGAAACUCUGUUCCCAAAGGCAGAGAUCUUCCAGUGCAGGCUGAAAUGUUUGACUUUCUGUCGGCCCUCCAAAUAACCCUGCAGCUUGUGAGGUCCUGGCUGAGGACCCUCUGUAGAUAGGGAGAGGGAGCUGGAUAGAUUUCUGCUGAAUCAUUGACUGUGCAAUUGGGUGGGUGGGGUGUGCUGGGACUUAAUUGAUCCUUGGAAAACUACAAUCAAGAUUUGGGGGGAAUGAGUUGAUGGGGUGGGAUGUGGGUGUGGUGGGAAGUAAGGUGUGAAAACAACAUUAGCAAGGGCCUUGUCCGUGAACAUUAUCAAAAAAGGCUCGAGAGUGUGUCAACACUAGGAAAAGGGAGAAAUGAGUUGAAUACUCAUGAUUAUAUUUCCAGUUAUCGAGGAGUCUGCUCUCUGCCUGUUGAAAAAGACAAGGUAAUUUGUAGUAAAUAAGUGUGUAUGUUUAAUAUAGAAAGAGAUAGAUAACUUGAAGGAGAGAUUUUUGCCAAGUUUUGGUUUUUAAAUGCAUGUAUUGAGAAGAAACCAAGUGUCUUUCUCAGCAUGCUUUGUUUUAUUUUUAAAUAAAUAUACGUGUAAAGGGCCUGAGGGAUUUUUCAUUGUGGUUGACAGGGAUGGGAGGGGAGCACAGAGAGAGACAGUUGUAGUGAUAAUGUUACAAAUGUCCUGGAGACAUGGCUUCAAAUCCCACUCUGGCAGCUGGUGCAACCUCCAUCCAGUCUUAGUCAUAGUUACCUUGAUGACUAUAAAUAAUUGUCAGAAAAACCCAUCUGGUUCACUAAAUGUCCUUUUGGGAAGGAAAUCUGUCCUGAGCUGCAUGUGACUGCAGACACCAUGGCAAGAUGCUGGAGCCUAAACUUGCCUCUGAAAUGGGCCAGCAGGCCACUCAGUUCAAGGGCAUGUUGGGAUGGGCAAUAAAUGCUGGCCUUGCCAACAACUCUCAUCACAUGAAAUAUUUUUGUAAAACUGUGAACAUUGUAUUGAUCAAGUUUGUCAUUUCCAAAUUUUCUCCAUGGAUGGUGAGGUCUUCUGGAUUGAUAUAAUUUUGACUGUUAAGUUAAUGUCUGGGCAUAUAAUUUUCAGUGGCUGGUUUUUACUUUUAUUCUGGCUUCUGCCUCCUUUUCUGACUCCCUUGCUCUCAUGCCUAUCUGCUCUUCAUUGCCCUCUCUUGAUGUCUGUUUUCAGUCUUUUCAGGCAAAAGAUUCCCUAUUUCUUAGUUACAUAUCUAAAAUUUCAUUUUACGCCUGACAUGAGAACUCUGAUGGCAUUUCGACCUUUAGCUGAGACAAUGUUUCUCCAUGGGUUGUCUCUUGCAACAAAGAGUUUGUCUUGAAAAGUUCCCAAUGAUUUAAAUAAUUUUGAAAUGGGUGUUGAAGGCUAUUGGGGAAAUUGUACACGCACAGACGUUGACACUUACAUGCACAGACACGCACACACAACCUCCUAUCUUCAUUGUCCCCAGGAUAUGGGGGCGGUGAGAAAGCAGAGUUGAGUGCAUUGCCUUAAGGUGUGUGUUCUGUGCCCCACCCCAAUCUCAGGGAAAUGUCAUAUGUGAGGACAGCAUGUCCCUUGCAAAGGGAGACUGAAGCUUCUGGCCUUGGAUUCCUGAAGCAGCUGCCAUGUUGGCUGCUGGGCAUAAUCCCUGGCAGGGCCAACACUAAUUGGAAUAGUGACUGGCAAAGGGGUUUGUGUCUGGAGUGUACGUGAUUGAUUUUAUGAACACACAUAGGAUUUUGCUGGCCUGACUGUACAAAAGUCUUUCCUGCAAGAAUGUCAGGUCCCGGGCAAGGUGCAGCAAGAGGCAGGUAACUUGGUCAGGUUGAAGUUCUCACUGCAAUCUGGUUGACCAGCUUCUGAGAAGGACACUUGAAUACGCACACUCAAAUGUUUCUUGUGGCUUUCCGACUGGUACUUGCAUUGGAUAUCAUUCGGACUUGACCUCUCAACUGCUGCUGUAUUCUUCAGAUGCACUGUUAUUCAAAGAAAAUAUAUUUUUUAGUUUUCCAUUGUGAAGAGUAGGAACAUGAGUGUUUUGCUGGAGAAUUACCGUUAUGUUGAGGUGUGGCCGUCGAUGUCUGCAAGAAGUUCCAAAGAUUCUUCAAAGCUGAAUGUAUAUUUUUAUAAUGCUAAAUUAAAAAUCAUUUUAAACUGG